CGACGGUAACAUCGAACGAGAGCGCGCGCGCUCAUUCCACAUUCGAAAUUCGAACGCUCGCGGAACUUCAACCGAUAUUCGAAUAACGUCAAGUUCGAAAUUUAAAAGUGUUAACGGUCUUUUUAUAUUUUCUCAUAGUGUUUUUGUAAUGACUAUAAAAAUGAGUUUACGGUGUUUUCUGGUGUUAGUGUUUAUGAUUCAUUUUGGUUGUGCACUGGAGUGCCACAACGUUUUCAGCGUAGAAAAAACAACUUGCGAUGAGUGUAUCAGAUGUGGUGGGAUAUGGUGUUCGGAUCCUAAAGAGGAUAAAAAGUGCAAAAACCCGUUAAAUGCAUUAGGAGACGAGUGGUGUCCGGGUCACAAGGAAAAAGCUCACGUGGAAACCAUCGCUCGAGACGGCAUGAUGUUCAGCCCCGAGUACCUGGAACAGGUAGCUGAAAUCAACUCGGCGAAGGUCACUCCUCUUAAGGUUAACGGAUACCGCCCAGUGAAGGGGAUUCAGCAAAAGCCGCGUUACAAUGUUUUCAACACGACGCAACCGUCUGGAAAAUCAAGCGUUUUUGUAAAAUUAGAAAUGAUUAACAAUAAACUACAAGUUAUUACAACGGUGAAAGAAGGAUUUUGCUCACAGAAUUCGCCUAAGUUUGAGUAUGUUUUUAUCGAAGUGGGUAUAGAGGGUGUUGAAGAGAAGGCUGUUCUGAAGUACGUGGUGCCGUGCGGCUGCGGGUGCUCGGAGGAGGUGGUGCCGGCGGACCAGGAAUACUGCCACGGGUUUGGCAACUUGACCUGCGGCGCGUGCCAAUGCAACGACGACAGGAAAGGAAAGUUUUGUGAGAAGAAAAACUGCCAAGACCGCGGAGAUGUAUCAACGUCGUGCAUUGGAUCUUCAAACACCAAGGAGCAGUGCUCGGGAAACGGGGUUUGUGAUGAAUGCAACAAAUGUCAGUGUUACGACGAACCCACAAUACAAGGGUCACAAUAUUUCGACCCAGACAAUGAUUGCAAAGAUCUCUGCACGACAAUCAACUACUCUGAGUGCCACGUUGACUGCCUAAUAAGUAAUACAGAAGGACCUUGCGAAGCCUGUGGCGGCCAUGAUUUUAUCGAGAGGUGGAAUGGGACUCUGCUGGAUCAGAGGGAUGAAUUUAAUAGAAAGUUGUGGGUAAACUGUAGCGUGAAUUCAGAGGGCAGAAUACUAAUAUAUUGGGCCAUGAAGAUUAACACAUUCAUCUACAUGAUGCGGAAUGAUCAGGCAGACUCUGGCGCACUCGUUAACACCGCUAGCGGAAACGUGACGAUCCCAGUGGUGAUCGGCGUAAUAGCUGCGAUAGCGGCAGCAGUAGCCGCCGCGGUCGGCUACGUCAUGUGGAAGGGCCAGGGGGCGCUGCCCGCGGCCGGCUCGAACUACGCCAACAUCGAGCCCGAAGACAGUGUUGGAGUCAACCCCCUGUACAAGCCCCCGACGUCGUCCUUCAAGAACCCCAUGUAUGCUGCGAAGUCUUAAUGGUGUUACCUGCUUGAAUCAUCGAGGGGCCCGAGGUUCCGGAUCUGAGCAUCGCUAACGGUUACUCCUUGGCGUCGCGACAAACUAAGAUCUCGUAAGUUCAGCGUCUGGAUUUGACCCUCAUUGCAAUUCCACUGCCUGUGAUCGACGCUAUAAUAAAACAAAUGAACUCGUCCGGUGUUCGUGUCACAAAUGUGCUCAUAUUUAGUGUUAGGUUAUUAUAGGUCAUAUUACGAGGGUGUAAAGUGCACUGUCACAGGUGAAGCAACUGUAUUGUUAUGUUUAGUGCUAGAUCGUAGUGUAGUACUAAGUACGUGCUAUAUAUAUUUCUGUGAUAUUUUAAAUAAGAUGGUUUGAGUCACCAUAUUUGUGUUUCGAAGUUACGUAAAUACCCGAAUCAAUAUCCAGAUAUUGAUUCGAAAUUUGUUUGGUUUCAAUUCAUGUUACGAUACAUCCACCAUCAACCUUUCAAAACAAUUGUAAUUUAAUUUUAUAUUUUCGUUAAGUGGACAAUUGUUUGAUAAUAUUUAUUCUCUGAUUAUAAAAAUAAACAUGAGACUAUCAAUAAGUAACUGCAACAAAGAUUAUAGAAGCAUUAACUACGUAUAACAUUAAUAACCACUACAAGACGUGUUUGCGAUCGGCAAUUUAUGUAGUUCUGUAUAUUUAUUUAAUUAAUGACGCUAGUAUACUUAAAAUGACCGACUGACCUAUGGCCGUCCGGUCUUUAAGAUAAAUGAUAAUCUCAACUCAACCCAUGUGUGUCGAGAGCGUAAAUAACGGUCAAUCUUUUAAAGCUCUAAACUGAUAAACAGUCAAUACAUCUUAUCAUAAGUAAUAUAUUGUUUUUGGGUUUUUUCGGUAUUGGCUUUUAUUAAUACGCCUCAGUUUUUUUCUAAAUUUCUUAAGUACCUACCAACCCAUGUAGGUACAGUCGAGUUCAUAAAUACGUAUACAUUUUUUCCCCUUAUUGCAAUGGAUUAAAGUAAAGAAAUGUAUACAUAUUUAUGAACUCGACUGUACUAUGAUUGGCCGUUUUAUACUUAGAUACUCGUACAAUGGAUAUGAAGAUAGAAAGCGUUAGAAAAUAGAGUAAUAUAUUCGUAUUAUUUUAAGGCCUUGUAUAUUAGGUACAUAUCUAAAUACCUGCAAUACUCGACGCAUAAUGUUUUUGUAGAGUUUGAACUUUUUGGCUCACA